UUUGUUCAGCUCACGCCAUUGCCAUUCGCCGUAGAGGAUGAAAACUUUCGGAAACUUUCUGCCCUCAUUUUAAGCUGCUGUCGGUCUAAAGAACCGACGCCGACAGGAAUUAAAUCUGAACUGGAUAUAUUAGCCUCUUGUUUGUGUACAUGUGAGAGGAUUUAUCUGGAUAACUCACACUUUCAUCGACAUCUAAAGGAAACGAGAUUGUACAUGCUAGUCAUAUUUUGAACACUUCUCAGAGACACCAGACAGCCAUGUCGGGGGGUAUCGGUAUAUAUGCGGUCAAGAAACGGAAGAAGCCCGUUCAGAAAAUACCCAAACCACCACCACCCGAUGGUGUGAAAUCCAACCCCUCCAAGCGGCACAGAGACCGGUUGAACAGCGAAUUGGAUAAGCUGACCAGCCUUCUACCCUUCUCAGAAGAUGUCCGUGCACGGCUGGACAAACUGUCAGUGCUUCGACUCAGCGUUGGAUACCUGAAGGUCAAGAGCUUCUUCAAUGCAAAAAUCAAAAAGACAGGAGGAAAUGGAUGGCUAAUUGACCGGUCAGGGACAUUUGGAGGAAACGGACAGUCAACGGCCAGUCUGGAUGGAGUCAGUUUCUCAGAAGGGGAACUGCUGUUGCAGGCCCUCAGUGGCUUUGUGCUGGUGGUCACCGCUGAAGGUUAUGUGUUUUAUGCAUCUCCAACUAUACAGGACUACUUGGGCUUCCAUCAGUCGGAUGUGGUCCAUCAGAGUGUAUUCGAGCUCAUCCAUACAGACGAUAGAGCAAUGUUUCGAAGGCAACUACACUUCGCUCUCAAUCCCACUUCGUGCGAUGGCGGCAAAGGAUCUGAUGCCAUUCAAAACAGCACUGACAUCACCAGAGACUUGGUAAACUACAACCCUCAACACAUCCCUCCAGAAAACUCAGCCUUCUUGGAACGAAGUUUCUGUUGCCGAUUCCGGUGCCUCCUUGACAACUCAUCAGGCUUCCUGGCCCUGAACUUCCAGGGGAGGCUGAAAUAUCUCCAUGGACAAAACAAGUUGGCAGAAGAUGGGACCUUGGCCCACCCUCAACUGGCUCUUUUUGUCAUAGCCACACCCCUCCAGCCACCCUCUAUCCUAGAGAUCAGGAGCAAGACUCUUCUUUUCCAAACCAAACACAAGCUGGACUUUACACCUCUGGGUAUUGACACAAGAGGAAAGGUGGUUCUUGGCUACAGUGAGAUUGAGCUGUGUAUGAGAGGCUCUGGCUAUCAGUUCAUUCAUGCUGCUGACAUGAUGUACUGUGCUGACAACCAUAUAAGAAUGAUAAAGACUGGAGAGAGUGGUUUAACGGUCUUCAGACUUCUCUCGAAAGAAGGAAUAUGGAUCUGGGUGCAGGCUAAUGCUAGGCUUGUUUAUAAAGGAGGAAGACCAGACUUCAUCAUUGCUCGACAGAGAGCACUAACUAAUGAAGAGGGUGAGGAGCACCUCCGUCAAAGAAAGCUGCAGCUACCCUUUAACUGCGCCACUGGUGAGGGCGUCUUGUAUGAGACUGAACCUACACUGGACAUCGCUGACAUUCAAAAUCAGAGCAAAGGCCAGAAGAUGCACAAACCUCCAUCUCUGGACCCAGAUUCUCUUCUCGGCUGCAUGCUGAAUCAAGAACCUUCUGUCUACGACCCAAACAAUGGGCCCAAUUCCCAGUUUACUCUUGACAAGGCUUUCAGGGAUAGCCACGCCCUGCUCAGUGUCCCUGGGAACACCUGGCAGCCAUCAGCCCCAAGCACUGUGGCUGAGGUAAAAGAGGAAGGUGUGGUAAAGGACAUGAUGGAAACCUUGCAACAGAUUAUUGGGGACAGCAGUAUCUGCGGCCUUCAGGGAUUUGAUGUGAAUGACUCUGUCCUGAAGGAGUGGGAGAAUGCUAUAAGCAGGUUCCACUACAACAACGAUACGGAAUUAAAUGAAAUCAUCACCAAUGACAUCCUCUCUUUUGUUGAGGAUGCACUUUUUAAGGAAAAUGGCGUUCAGUUGCCUGAACACCUCAAGAGCCAGGGACCAUUUGUUGAGGCGCCUGAGUGUCUUCCAGAGAUGGAGUUACAGAAUAAUUUAGCUGCUAACCAGGAAUUCAUCUGCCAGGCAGAUAUGCUUGAUGGAUCCCCAGGUCGGGGUGGCUUCAUCGGAAUGAACUUCCAAGAUGGAUUGGAUGCCAGUAGCCCUGGAAAUGGGAUGCUCACCCAUAUGGGGCAACAGAUGCUACUUGGUGAAACAUUUGUCCAGUCAUUUGGACUGGAACAGACAACCCAGAAGAUGCCCAGCAAUAAUAACAUUAUGUUUGAUCCUUCUCUUGCCCUGCAGAGUCAACAGCUGACCCAAGUUGGGCUUGGUCUGCAAGGUGCUAUGCAAGAGAACGGAUUGAUUCCAUGUGGCCAGACAACCCUUCAGAGCGGAAACCAGACCCAUCAUAACGCAAUGACUCUCCCUCUUCAAAGUCCUCUAUUGCAGGGCACUUCUGCCCAGCCAUUGGGCUUCCACAGCCAAAAUCCCCUUCCUCAACAACCAUCAAUCAAUCAGAACCCUCAGUGGGUGUCCGAUAACCUGCUGAACUCUUGCGCCCGUAACGUUUCAGGUGUACAAGAUGCAGGACUGCACUCUGGCCCAACUACCCAACUACAAGGACAGUUUUCUCUGCACACUCAGAACACUGCCAAUACUGGACUGCCUGGCUGGCAGCAAUCCCAGCCUACCCCUCAACAGGUCUCCAAACCGUUUUCCAGUGGGCAACAGAAUAUGACGGGUUUCAAUGGUGAAGUGACAGACUUGAUUGCAGAACUGCUGCCGCACACAAACACACAAGGAUUUGGGUCUGGUUUCCUGCCCCAAACAACUGCAAAUAGCAUCUAUCCUCAGCAAGGAGAGAUCAUCAACAACAGCCUUCAUCAGAGCACCAACAGCUGCAUGUUCACAAGCACUCCUCAACCCUCGGUGAAUGGGAUGCAUUAUGGUUCUGCAGCUCCGGUAUCUUCAGUGCCAUCCUGCCAGAGGGUUAAAGGACUGAUUAACCAGAGUCCUACACAAGCUUCCUGCUACUACCAAAGAGGUCCUAGCGAGUCAGUCGUGGGCUCGUCGGUUAUCCCACAAGAGGACACCAACAUCAGCCCCAUGGCCUGUCAAAUCCCAUUUGGGUUAACGCCAGAAAACGUACUUGCUAAGCAGUAUCUCUCAUGCAACAGCCAGACACAGGUCGCAAACCAUCCUCUUGAGGAGAAAGGAACAUUCCAUUUUCCCUCGCUGGCCAAUGGGAAUCCCUUCUUUGCCAAGAACAACCAAAACAACUGCUGUGACUAUUAGUGGUAGAUCACACCCAACGCAGCAACUGACACAUCAACAGUGCAGUACCUGUUUCUAGAGGGGAAAAAACAUAUAAAUACAGCAACAUGUUUGUCCCUCGAGAGACACACAUCCACUUCUAAAGACACUCUUGGCUGAAAACCUACAAGACAUUGCAGAACUUUAAAUUGCGAAUUUACCGAAAAAAAAAUUCUCACACUUAUCUACUUAUUCACUUGUUCACAUCCUCUCUACUGAGAAAUAUGCAGUAGCAGAAAGAAAAUAUUUAUUUUUUUUAAAGCACGUCCUUUCGUCCCUGAUAGAUAUUGUUUUGCUUUUCCAUUCUGGCAAGAAAAAAGACUGAGAUAGUGAGUGGAGAAAGGGGAGGAAGGUGAGGUGUGUGACCAAGUGUGUGUGUGGUGUGUGGU